CUGUCUGAACCCCGACGCUGUUGCCGUGUGGCGUCUCGACAGUGAGCUCCGCCAAUCCCCGAAUCCGAAUAAAAGCACCUCGAGUGGUUGUGCGCCUCAGCGGGCCAUCUUCUUCUUCUUCUUUUGUGGUUUUUCGAGAGAGAGAGAGAGAGUAGAGAGCCGCUGCUUGGUGAGCCAACACAUCUCGACGACCCGAUCCCGAAGAUCACCUCUAGCUGCCAUUUGUUUUGUUCAUACGAGGGGGGACACGUCCAGACUCGGGUACAUCUUUCCCCAACAUGAAAACCAAAUUCAUCAACGGGGUCUCCUCUUCCCCGUCCAUGUCUCUGGGUCUCCUGGUCACCGAGAACGCUCUGCAGGUCCAGCCAGACACCGACGAUGACUGCAAGGACAUCGUCCGACCUGACCAGCCAGAUCUGGAGACCAAACGCAAGGCCUAUCUGUGGUGCAGGGAGUUUCUCCACGGCGCGUGGAAACGCGUGCCCGCGGACGAUUUUCAAAUCACCAUCAUAAGGGGUGGUCUUAGCAACAAGCUCUUCCUCUGUGCCCUCCCCGACAGCCUGGAGAGCGUCGGGGACGAACCCAGGAGCGUCCUCCUGCGCCUUUACGGGGCGAUCUUACAGAUGUCCUGUAAUAAAGGGGACUCCCGACAGUCAAACAAAGAAAAUCACUUCCAAGGGGCAGAGGCCAUGAUCCUGGAGAGUGUGAUGUUUGCCAUUUUGGCUGAGAGGGAGCUCGGACCUAAACUCUAUGGAAUUUUCCCUCAGGGCCGACUGGAGCAGUACGUCCCUAGCCGUAAACUCGACACGUGUGAAUUAAGUGACCCCUGCAUCUCGGCGGAGGUGGCAGAGAAGAUGGCCAAGUUCCAUGGCAUGAGGAUGCCCUUCAACAAGGAACCCAAGUGGCUGUUUGGAACCAUGGAGAAGUACUUGAACCAAGUCAUGAGGUUGUCCUUCACCAGGGAGUCCCACCUGCGUCGCUUCAACCACCUGCUAAGCUACAACCUGCCUCAUGAGAUGGAUACGCUCAAGUCUCUACUGGAGUCCACCCACUCCCCUGUAGUGUUCUGCCACAACGACUGCCAGGAAGGAAACAUUCUUCUGUUAAAGGGCCACGAGAGCUCAGACAAACAGAAACUGAUGCUGAUUGAUUUUGAAUACAGCAGCUACAAUUACAGGGGCUUUGACAUUGGUAACCAUUUCUGUGAGUGGAUGUAUGACUACAACUGUGACAAGUUCCCUUUCUUCAAGGUCAAUGUUCAGAACUACCCUUCUAAGGCUCAACAGCUGCAUUUCAUUGGAAGCUACCUGAGAGAGUUCGACAGACAGUUUGACAAUCUGAGUGAAGAGGACCAAACGAAAUUGAAGGAAGAUCUGUAUGUGGAGGUCAACAGGUUCUCUCUAGCGUCACACUUCUUCUGGGGGUUGUGGUCCAUUAUCCAGGCCAGGAUCUCUACCAUUGAGUUUGGUUACAUGGACUAUGCUCUGGCCAGGUUUGAUGCCUAUUUCCAGCAGAAGAAAAUCUGGGGUGCCUAAAAGAGGAGGAUGGGAAGAAGUCCUGGAUUGAGGAUGCAAUCAGCUAAUCAGCAAGACAAAGACAAUGACAAUGAUUUUAGCCAGGACAGUCCAUAACAUUGCUUCACUGAGACUCCCUGUAUUGGGAGGAUUUGCUGGCUACUGUUGUUGUGUUGACCAAAGCCAAACCACGAUUAUCUGGUUAGGUGCUAAAGAAUGCCCCACAAUCCACUGCAACUAAAACCUUAUACUGCAUAGCUUUCUGAGGGCAAAAGAAAAACAUCAUUUUGUGCUAACACUGAUUGUUGAUCAGUAAUGCUAUUUGCUUCUGCAUCAUUUAAAAACAUGUCCAACAUGCAGGAUAAAUUGGAGUGUGUGGGGUUAAGUUACAAGUACAUUCAUAUUCAAUAGUGUUAGCAUGGCCUCAAUGUAGAUUACGAUCUUUCUCGUUGGAAAUAUGGAAAGAUCAAAUAUCAUAAACUAUCUUUGCUUACUGAGGCAGCCAGUAGCUAACCACACAGAUUAGGUUUUACAUGAUGCCAAUAAUUUGCCCCCAUUGACUUAUCACUGAAGAGCAGAGUCAAUGGCUGAGAGAUUCCAGUUACCAAAACAACUGUGUCUUUAGUACAAUGGCGUAUUAGGGCCAUUGUACAUUAAAAAAAAAUUAAAUUAAGGGGGGGGGGGUAAUAUUCUGAGAAAAAAAAUUCACAAAUUUAUGAGAGAAAAAAACUCGCAAAUUUACAAGGGGAAAAAAAAUGCCGUCAUAUUUUAAGUGAAGUAAUGACAAGGAAAAUUAAAAAACAAAACAAAAAAAGACAGAAUAUUCUCUCUUUAUAAACUAAGCAAACACUAUAUAAAAAAAAAUCAACAACUAGUAACAUUGAGCAGUUCUCUUUAGGUAAAGGAUACCUGUAUGCACCAUGUUGUCCACCUUUUGAAGUCAAUACACACUGGUGAAAGAGAUGACCCUAUUGAUAGAUAUAUGUCACCAUUACGCUUUUCGUCUACAGGAGUAACUCUGUUCCAACAAGAGGAGACACAAUAUUCAACCUUUUACAUAACCUGAGAAACAGGUCGUGCCAGUGUGUGCAUUUUGAGCCAUUACACACUUAAGUUAAAAUAAAAUCUGGAAUAUGCUUUGGUUACUGGUACUCCUCAGGCCAGGGUAGAUAAAAUUAUACUGUUUUAUAUAUAGUUUCAGUUCUUCAUAAAAUGUUGAGGUGUACUUGACUUACAUCUCUGGGCAGUUGGUAACCUCCUCUAAAUCAGUGUUUCUCAACCCAGUCCUCAAGGACCCCCUAGCCUGCAGAUUUUCUUUGCAACCCUGAAUAGGUACCUGUUUGUAUU